GGCUUUGGCGUCGGCGUCGCUCCCGCGCUGGGGCGCUAGGCCGGCUUAUCUCGGGUGGCCGCGGAUAAAGUGCCGGUGGCCAAGGGCGGGCGCAGGGCCGCCAGCCGCGCGGCGUCGGCCGGGCGCCAGAGCGUCGGGGUGAUUGUGUCGUGACAGCGACGCCGGUAGCCGUCUCCGCGACAGCAGGUGCGGCUGCUUUAGCCCCUAGCGGGCUCGGCGGCUGCUUGGCGAGUGUCUGCUCGCGCCCAGCCCUUUCCUUCCUGGACCCGGCGGGCGCCAAACAGCGACGCUGAGCCGACCGCCGGAGCGGCGGGCAAUGGCGGCCUCGACGGCCUCGCACCGGCCCAUCAAGGGGAUCCUGAAGAACAAGAGCUCCACGACUUCCUCGGUGGUGGCCUCGGCCGAGCAGCCCGGCAGGAGCGUCGACGAAGAGCUGAGUAAAAAAUCCCAGAAGUGGGAUGAGAUGAACAUCCUGGCAACAUAUCAUCCAGCGGACAAAGACUAUGGUUUAAUGAAAAUAGAUGAACCCAGCACUCCUUACCAUAGUAUGGUCGGUGAUGAUGAAGAUGCAUUGAGUGAUUCAGAAACCACUGAAGCCCUGACCCCAGAUAUCUUAGCUAAGAAAUUAGCUGCUGCUGAAGGCUCGGAGCCAAAGUGUCGGCUUCAUGAACAAGAAAGCAGUGGAGAUGAGGAUAGUGACCUCUCACCUGAAGAACAAGGUAAAAAAAAGCGACAGUUUGAAAUGAAAAGGAAGCUUCACUACAAUGAAGGACUGAAUAUUAAAUUAGCCAGACAAUUAAUUUCAAAAGACCUACAUGAGGAUGAGGAAGAUGAAGAAAUGUCAGAGACUGCAACUGGAGAAAGUGUGAAUAUGGAAGCAUCAAAUGAAGGAUCUACUAUAAGUGACCAACUGCAAGACACAUCACAGAGUUCAUAGAAGAGAUUUGUCCAACACUGUAACUGUCAAAUACAAAACCCUGUUACUAUACUAUACUGCUUGUUCUCUACAAUUCGACUCAAGUACCAAAUGCAUACCAGUUAUUAUAUAUUGCCAAGAAUUAAAUAACUUUAGAGACUAAUUAGACUGAAAAUUCCUAAUUGAUACAUAUAUUCUCGUGCCUAGUACUUCACCACAGAUACAGCAUAAUGCCAUCAGUCCAAAACUGCAUUACUUUUGUAAGAACACUGGUUAAUUUGUAUAUUAUAUAGCUUUUUAUGCUUUAGAGGUUAAACAGUACCUUUGGGGCGGGAGGGGUAUCUAAUUUAUUUUCUUCACUUCUAGAUAUGAUAGCUCUUAUAAAAAGUUUUUUUUUAAUCAAAAUCCAAUUGGAACAACAUAAUAUAGACUGAUAAAUAUUCAGUCUGAAAAGUAUUUUAACACACGUCUUCAACUUGAUUUGUCUGUUUAGUUGAAAAGGAUUAUAAGAGUUACUGUUGCAUUUUGUGACCUCCUACCUUUAAAAUUCCUGUUGAGUUUCUUUAUGUUUACAAGGAAAGGAUUGAACUUUUUCUCAUCAAAACUAGCUUUUUUCACAAAUUAUCAGGUUAAACUUACACCAACGUCUGCUCUGACUUUUCUUUGUACACUCAAUGGGCAGACUUCAGAUCAGUUUUUAAAAUAUAAUUCUAAUAUAGUUUCACCAUUCCCUUUAUUUACCUUUUUUAACCUCCUGCCUUUGUUUCUUACUCCUUUCCACACAUACGCACACAAUCCUUUUUAAGGAUCAUAAAGAUCGUCCUGACAUUGGGCACUCUUCCUUCUCUCACAUAUUCUGUCAUUUGCUGCAACAAUGAAAAUCUUGUUUUGACUAUCAAUGCCUGUUAGCUCUUCUAAUACAGGGAGAAAAUGGAUUGAAUAGUAGCAGUACUAUAGACAGGAAAUAUAAUUCAACUGCAGAAUUUCUACACCUCUCUGAUUUACAGCUUGCUUAUUAAAUUGCUGUUAUUAGUUUAUUGUUUGACUUAAUUAGACCCUAGAAAACAACUAACAGGUUUUUUUGCAUGAUGAGAGAACUGUGUGUAACCAGUGAUAUGAUGAUAGCUCCUGAAUGUAUAGACAGAAGUUAACCUGAACACUUUUUAAUUUAAAAACUUUAAAUAGUCCCUACUUUAAGGAAUAUGAUAAUGUAUACUAUGACAAAUGUACUUUAUUCUUCUAGUACAGUAAGAUUUGAAUUUUUUUUCUGAAUUGAAGUGCAGGUCCUGUGUAUCUUGGUUUAGUGAUGGUUUCAUUUCUAGUCAGUUAUUUGAAUCUUAAUUUUUUGUUAGUAUCAAAAGAAUCCAUUAUUUGAACAGACUUUCUAAAUAAUUUCUGUAUGUUGUAUAUAUGAAAUGGCUUUUAGUGAACAGCUUACCUUCCACUUGCAAGUUUCUGGAAAUAUCAGUAUGUCAAAAUAAAAAGUGGGAGAAUU